AUGGCAACAGGUCUUCCGAUGGAGUCUCGUACUGGGAGAAAUAACCAACGUUAUGGCCCAGAAGGAGAAAGACUCGUUGCAGGAGUUGUCCCUUUGAACCAAGCAAAAACUCACGUCCUCCUUAUACAAUCUACACGUCGGAACGCAUGGGUUUUACCUAAAGGUGGAUGGGAGACGGAUGAAGAAUGCAUUCAAGCAGCGCAACGUGAAGCAUGGGAGGAGGCAGGAAUAGUCUGUACCGUCGAUUAUGAUUUGGGCCAAAUCACCGAAACCAGAACUGCCAAACAAAUCUCGAAAAAUGCACCCAAAGCACUUUACCAAUUCUUCCAAGUCACCGUUACAAGCGAAGAGAAAGAAUGGCCCGAGAGGCAUAAGAGGAAUCGAAAGUGGGCGACAUAUUCAGAGGCAAAACAGGAUCUUCAAGAGCGUCCAGAAUUAUUACAGGCUCUGGAACGUUGUACCAUUCAACGGUAG